UCAGUGGACUAAACUCAACACUUUCCAAUGAAAGUGAUUUCAAAACUUUAUUCCAUUUAAACCUAUUUUUAGCUAUUUAAUAAUUCCACGUUUCUAAUCCCCUUCACAUAAGCCAGUAGCUUUCUCCUUUAAUCUUAAUUAGAUAAAUUAAAAUAAUGGGACGAAAAUCGCAAUCAAAACAAAACCAAAAGAAAUCCACUGGAAAGGAAAAUAAUAAAUUAUACCUACAGAAAAGAAAAGAAUUAGCUUUUCUUGUUGAUAGAGUGCUAAGACUUACCAGUAUAUUUCAAGCGACUGGUAACGUAAGCAAAAGUUGGGAACAUCAUUUAGAAAUCGAGAAAUUAGUGAAUGAAAUUACUAACAUAGAAGGAACGCAGUUAAGAAAUACUCGAACUCUUCGGCAAACUCACAUUGAUAAAUAUUUGCAGUGGCUAAGAGAAAACGGUGUCCAAUUCGAUGGGAUUGAAAUAGCGGAAUUCAAAGGAUAUGAUCUUGGUCUUAAAGCUUCAAAAGAUUUCACUGAAGGAUCUCUGAUUUUAACCAUACCAUCCAAAGUUAUGAUUACAGAGAAAAAUGCCAAAGAAUCUGAACUAUCAGCAUUUAUUGCCGUCGAUCCUCUUUUACAGAAUAUGCCAAAUAUUACUUUAGCCCUAUUCCUAUUACUUGAAAAUAAUAACCCAGAUUCAUUCUGGAAGCCUUACAUUGAGGUUUUGCCUGAAAAAUAUUCUACCAUUUUAUACUACACAUCUGAAGAACUUGAACUAUUGAAACCAUCGCCAGUGUUUGAAUCAUCAUUAAAACUUUACAGAAGUAUAGCCAGACAGUAUGCAUACUUUUAUAAAAAGAUUCACACACUCGAUAUACCAGUGCUGAAGAAACUUCAAGAAGUUUUCACUUUUGAUAGUUACAGGUGGGCAGUCUCAACCGUGAUGACAAGGCAAAACAAUAUAAGACUUUCGGAAGCUGACGUCACAGCGUUCAUACCGCUAUGGGAUAUGUGCAACCAUGAACACGGCGAGAUAAGAACGGACUACAACAACGAACUAAAUAGAGGCGAAUGCUACGCGCUCCGCGAUUUUAAAACCGACGAACAAAUCUUCAUAUUCUACGGAGCGCGUCCUAACGCAGACCUGUUUCUACACAAUGGUUUUGUUUACCCGAAUAAUCAGCACGACAGCAUAUCUGUAACACUCGGCAUUAGCUCGGGCGAUCCUCUGCGAGAGAUAAAAAUGUCUCUGCUCACGAAGCUAGGGCUGGGCUGCGUCGCGCACUACUCUCUGUUCAAACGACAGAAUCCAAUCGGACCAGAACUAUUGGCGUUUAUAAGGAUCUUCAAUAUGAAUCAGGAGGAACUAACGAAAUGGUCCAGUCAAAGUCUUCCAAGCGACCUUGUGUCGUCGGAGCCGAGCAGCGCUGAGGCGGUAGGCGCCGACAUCGACCGUCGAGCCCACACGUAUCUACUGACGCGGUGCAAACUGCUACUAGCUGCAUACAAGAAAAACGACAACGAAAAUCGCACAGAAACCGAUCAUGUUACCAACGUGAAACUCUUGAAACAAUGCGAAGUACAAAUACUGGAAGCUACUGUUACGUACCUGGAAGAAACUAUACGAACACUACCCACCGCGGUUAAACAAUAAGUCGAUGUACUUAUUAGCGAAUUUAUGAAAACGUGGUAAUAAAAAAUUCUAUUUUGUAUUUAUUUUAUAUAAUUAUGUAUAAGCUGCAAUAUUUAUUUCUCAGGAUAUUUAUAUUCACACAUUUUGGCAACACAAACGACAGUAGGAUUCGUGUUGAUGUUGCCAUUAAUUACUUUGAAAAAUCUACGCCGCUUAUGGAUUUUAUUCUUUAUCGUGAAUAGAUAGAUAGAUAGACCUUUUUUUAUUUCUAGAAUGCUCUAUCAAUGCCGCGUUUUCUCAACCUAUGAACAAAAUCAUGACAGUAUUCGAAGAAUUAUUUACAUUUUUUUAUUCUAUUUUAAGUAUUUAGUGAUUAACACAGCGAAUUUUUUAUAUAUUUAAGUUUGUUAUUUUUACUCGAGGUAUGCGAUGAUUCAGUGUGAACUUUUUUUUACUGAUUUCUUACUAUAAAUAAGUUUUAUGUCUUAUGAAUUUCAAACAAUAUGGCAACACUGUAAAAAAAUCUCCGAAUGAAUACCAUUUGUUGUUCAACAGUGACCCAUGAGUUUAGAUUUUUUUUAAAUUAAGUAAUUAUUUCUUUAAUGAAACAUUAUUGAAAUAUUCACACUUGACCACUGUGUUUAAUCGCUUAGUUGAAAUGAACCUACUACUAUUGUGUUACGUGUGUUUUUUUACUGUUUUUAUUUGUACUUAUGUUGGAAGGCAGUGCAAUUUUUUAUCGUAAAUAAAUGU